CAGUACUGGACUGCCGCCGACCAGCGCGACGAGGAAGAAGGGACCGAAGGAGAGAGAGCAGAUUCGCAGAAGCAAGCCACGGAGGAGACCAACCAAACAAGAGGAGGAUGGUGGCGCCGAUGGAUCCGAUGCUGUGGCACAAGGUGGCCGCCGUCUCCGGGGUUGCUGCUCUUGGACUCGGCACCUACGGCGCGCACAUGUUCCGCCCCAAGAACCCCGCGUACAAGGAGGUUUGGCACACCGCGUCCCUGUACCAUCUCGUCCACACCGCCGCGCUGCUCGGGGCUCCCAUCACGAAACGCCCCAACAUUUUCGGAGGGCUUCUCACGGCUGGAAUCGUGUUCUUCUCUGGAACGUGUUACACUGUGGCUUAUCUCGAAGACAGGAAGUUUUCUUCACCAGCACCACUGGGUGGCUUUGCAUUCAUCGCCGCUUGGGCCAGCCUUCUCUUCUGACAAAAUUGUGCUUUAGCCAAUAAAACAAAAAUUCUCAAAGCUUUGCAUCUGGUACUUUAAUAGGUUAUGGGCUUGUACUUGUACUGUAUGCACCUUUGGUUAAAUAUAAUACAGUCCAUCCUUUCCUGUAUCUUCCUAAGCACGAUAUGCUGCUUGUGAUCUUUGUUUGAUUGGUCGUGCCAAGGAAACUA